AAAAGCCCACAAUUGAAUGUGGCCUCGGUCAUCUCGGAGCGAGAAUACAUGCAAUCGGUGUGGUGUGAACGUGAUGCUAGUUGAUUUUGUCACACUGUCGGUCGUGCUGCUGUUGCUGCAGAAACUCAGCUUUAAGUUGCUGCGUGUCCUUGUCGGUUGAGCGUCCUUGCAGAUGCACCAUUUUCACAUGGUGUAUUGCUUAUUUAUUUGAGCACCCACCGGUUUCAUCUCUUGUGGUGCGUGUUUGCUUUUUCUGGUAGCUCUUUCGAAUUGAACAUCACCACUUAGGCCAGGUUCUCCAGCAGCUUCUAGCUGCACAUGAUCGUCGGACCAUUUUCAUAAUUAUGAAUACGUAUUUAUACGCGCCGACGUCGUCGACCCCAUUCCCAUAAUUAUUUCAUCUCUUACAACUCUCCCUUAAAGUAUAACGAGCCCAACAGCAACAAGUGACGCAGACGCUAGAGCUACUGCAGCGAGUCAACUCACUACCAUUUUUGAAGCGGAUAUCUUUUUCUUUCGUACCGACUGCAACUUGUUUGAUACUAUAGGAACGCAUCCCCAUUCUAAGCCAAAAAUUGCAAUGAAAAACUUCCCCACCUAGCGGCAGUACGGCAUCAUUGAUUCGGCCGCGGCUUCAUUUUGACAAUAAUAGCCGCCCUCGCGGCCGGCUGCCCACCGCUUGCAACAACCAAAGAAACGACAAACUACUAAAACGGAACAUAUACGACGGCAAACAUGUCGUUCGCCCCGGCCCAACGCACGAAGCCCGAGCUGAACGCUGCGCAGGUGAUCGUGAACAACGAUUUGCACGAGAAGGCCUGGCGGCGGCUGGAUCAGAAGCAACUAAUGUCGGUGAAGAACAAGGUCGACACCACUGCGUUGCGCCAGAUGCCCGAAGUCGGCUCGGCCCGUACCGCGGCCAGCAACCGAAGCGAGAACAUCCAGAACGUUCUGGACUGGGAUACCGAGGACCCGGCCCAAACGACGAACAAAAACAUUCGGUCCUCCUGGACCUACCACGGCGGGAAGAAGUCCACCGCCGCCCGGCCGUUGGAAAAGCCCAUCUGGCGGGUGGUGCCCGCCAUUGAGGGCAUGAAGAACGUGACGGACGCCUCCUCCCGGGCGUGGAUCCCAGCAGGUGCCGGCCUCGACGAUUUUUCCGCGUCAACGGGCCCGCGAAGCGCGAACGCGAAAACGAUCAAUCGAAAUGCCGUCGGCGCGAAAAAACUGCCGAACUACAUGUACCCGGACGAGAGAGCCGGGCCCGGCGCCGGGCAGUUCGCGCAAAUGCAAAGGAUCCAGCAGGACGGAAGCAGGCCGCGCGAAAACAAAGAGAUUGUUGCAAGCAACUCAGCAGUGCUAGCCCAGCAGCAAGCGAACUAUGCGAUGAACAAUGCACCAGGAUCUGCUAUUGUCGACCAGGUGAAUGGUAUUAUGAACGAGUUGGUGAUCCCAGCGACUGCGACCGUCGCGGACGAUGAGAAACAAUUCCAGCAGGACCCCAAUGGAGGUCGUAGAGAGUUUUUCGUCGUGCCCGGAACUGCAGCGCGGCGGCAAAAGAGCCAGAGCUUGCGAGUUUUGGACGACAGUGAGCUGCAGGGGUUGUUGAAGGAGAUGAAUCUGGUUCCGAAUCCCGCACAGCUAGCAGACGAUACCGCCUUCAUCGUCGAUCGCAGCACGCUGUACAGAUUUGCCCAGCGCGCGCAGUCGGCACCGCCUGCGAAUCGGGCUUACAACUACGGCUCGCCUGCCGGACGCCCCUCGGACUCGGAAACCGAAAAGAUGCCUUUUUCCCCGCAACCCAACAGCAGCACGGUGCCCCGAGGGCGGCGCGCGCAGUCGCGACCGCAAGAGGCCCUCAAGCCGGAAGUUUCCCAGCCGGGUGGGGCGUACGUGGCCGCGCGGUACGAGAGUCUGAAAAACCCGUACGGGGAGAACCUGCCAAACGACAAGACGGUGGCGGCGCCGCAGAAGUUUUCGACGACGCAGAGGCGCCCGGCGAAUCGAAUCAUCGACAACCUGGACCGCCCGCAGCUGAAGGUGGUAGGCGAAAUUCCGCCCAUGAAGCCACAGCGCCCCGUCGCGGAAAAGCGCCACUUGACCCCGGACUACGCACGGCGAUUGCGCGAUGUAGCCGGGAAAGCGAGUGAUCACCAGCCGUUCGACUGGAUCAGCAGGGAUGCACCGUUUCCGCAGCGGGCCCGGGACUACGCAGAAUUCGACAAAGCCGUCUACCUCGACCGGCCGAAACCAAACUUCAUUUUCGUGGACAGCAAGCAACAAAACGCACCAAGUCCACCUCCCCCGAGCGCGGCUGCUGCAACUACAGAGGCGGUUGUCGAGAGAAAUAGUGUCGCCUUGCUGCUGCCAGCCUAUGCGCCACCCGUGGAACAACAACACGAUGUUGCUACAAACACAAUGAGUGCGCCACCUGUAGUGGGUCCUGUGCGGCCGGUGAGCAGGGUCUCAACAAGUGGUGGCGCAGGACGAGUUCUACCUGUGACGGACGCAACAGAUGCAGCUGCGACCUCUACUGCCGGAGAGAAAGCGUUGCAGCGCAGGUCGAGUGCGAUGCUCCUACCCGCUUACGCGCCCCCGGUCGACGACGCCGGUGCGGACGUUGCAAAAACUCCUGGUGCAGCUGCCGCUCCACAACAGCCGGUCGUCGUAGUGAAACCAAGAAUAAGUCGUUUGAGCACGGACCUGGACAAUCCGUCGAUCAUGCCCCCGUUGCCAGCGUCAAACGCCGGUGUGAAAAAACGCAUUUCUCGCUCCUCCACGCAUCGCGCAGAAGACGGUGCGCUCGGGGAGUUUUUUGACACGGACGCCGUCGUCGCUUCCUCUCCAACGACCCCUCCGAUUUCGAAAGCGACCACCGCACCGGGGGGCGCAACGCCGAAAUCUGGCCGCUCUCCGUCCCCGGCAAACGCGCAGUACUCUCCCACAACGGCCACCUCCCGUGCGGGCGACCAAAGCGCGGGCCCCUUGUCGGCCCGCAGCGGGGUGAGCAAAACCCCGCGCUCGCCCGCGUGGGACGAGCUCCCCUUGCGCGUGAUCUCCGACACCGAUGGCAUGGCGGACGCGCGGAUGUGCGCAGACCGGUCCAAACCCCUGGACUACUACAAGGAACAGAUGAAAGACCAUCACAUUCCGAGCGGAUUCUGGGUGGAGCCAAAGGAAUCGUUCGAGAAAGCCGACCGGUUUUUCAUUUUCGCAAAAAGCGACAAGGAGGACGUCGCGGACAAAUUUGCGGCGUCGCUGAGAGGACCUAAUUUUCAGUUCGUCGGGCCGCAGUUCGAGUCAUAGGAGAUGUUGACGUUGUUGAAUAAAUGCAAUCAGUGUCUAUCGGUAUCGGUUAGAGUAGAAGUUCUUCGUCCAUGUACCUGGCUCAGAUUCAGGGACUUUUACGCUCCAGUAUUUCCAUCCCACUUAUGUCAUCUUUUACACUAGUUUUAUCCUUUCUCCUGAUUCCGUUUUGCGUUAUUCCAAUUUGUUUUUUUCAUUUUCCCAAACGCAUUGCAUUGAAAAAAAAAAACCUAGCAAAACCACAUAGAGAAUUACUUCAUGUAGCUGUCAACCCAAAAUCUCUUUUUGCUUCGUUGGAAUGCAACCAACUCGCAAAAACAAGAAGGAAAACAAAUAAGCAUAUUGUGUCAGUCUGGUUCGCGUUCGCAUCGUAGAACUGCACUGGUGUCUUCGGAAGAACAUGUGUAUUUAACCACCACCGUGCACGAACUAAAAUUCUAUGGGUCCUAAGUUGUACUGUAGCUGCAAUUUACUUUGCGUGCGCGAAGAAAAAGACAGAGUGAGCCAUAAGAAGAGCCACA